CAUCGGCCCCCGGCCCUCCGCCCGGACUCGUCGGUGCCCUGAAGCCACGCGCCCUGGGACCCUGUCCCCACGCUGCCGGAGACCACCAAGGCCCCUACUUCCAGGAGUCCGAGACCCCAAGAACCCAUCUGUUAACCGAGGCUCAAAAAAAAAAUCCCUAGCCUGACCCCUGACCCUCGCCCCGGAAGACGGGGUGACUCGGAAGUUCCGGCUCAGUCGCUAGGAAACAGGCCAGCCAGACGCGAGGGGCGGGGCUUCUAGCAAGUCGAGGGAUACUGGUAAGGCAGGAGAAUGAACAGUAAGAAGAGUGCGCCCAAAGCUGCAUCAGGGAAGAGGCAAGCAUCUCUCCUGGGGCCCAAGCCAAGAGCUGCUGCUGGGAAGCCCGGAGAGAACCGCCAACCGCAGAGGAAGACAGGCGGGCAGGCGAGGGAGGCGGCGUCCCCCGAGAGCCCCGCGGUCCCUGCAGGGCCAGCUGUGGAGGACCAAGCGGCCACUAUCAUCCAGUGUACCUUCCGGAAGCUCCUGGCCAAAAAGGAGCUGGCCCGCCGCCGGCAGGAGCACCAGGAGUACCUGGAGCAGAUGGAGAAGCUGCAGAGGGAGGCCUUCCUGGCCCUGGUGCGCCGGGAGCAGGAGGCUGCCCGGCGGCAGCGCGAGCAGGAGGAAGCGGCGCGGCGGGAGCGGCAGGAGGAGCUGCAGCGCCGCAGUCGGAUGCUGGAAGCCGCCUUCGAAGGGGACCUGGGCGAGAUCCGGGCGGUCCUAAAGGAGGUGGAGCAGCUGCUGACCCGCGAGGGCGUGGGCCACGACGAGGCCGGCCAGAUGCGGCGGCUGCAGCGGCGAUUGGCCAUGGUGGAGUGCGAGGACUGCCACGGGAACACGCCGCUGUCGGAGGCGGCCGCGGGCGGGCAGCCUCUGGCCAUCCAGCUGCUGGCCGAGCUCGGCGCCAGCCCCAACAGCAAGGGUGCCUACGGUCGGACGCCGCUAUACCGAGCAGCCUUUAGGGGCCACCUGGAAGCUGUGGAGGUGCUUCUAAAGCUCGGAGCAGACCCCCGGGUGUACGCGGAGGACGGGAGCACUCCAGAGCAGGUGGCCUCUCUGGACGCAGUGGCCAGUGUGCUGCAGUCAUGGGAUCUGAGCCUCACGGAGACCAUGCUCCGGAACAUGGAGGCAGAGCAGCAGCGCCGGGCACAGGAGGCCCAGAGGCACAAGGAGGCCGAGGCUAAGCGCAUGAUCCUCAAGGUGCAACAGCUAGCCAAGGAGCAGCAGCGGUGUCACAAGGAGCUGCAGCAGGCCUACUGUGAGCUCAACCGGAGGAUCACGGAACACGACAAGUGUGAGCGGAGGCUCGCAGGCAAGACCGAGCUCACGCUGCAGGCCAUCAAGGACGCAGAAGCCCAAGUGGACAGGCUGCGGGAGGAGGCCCAGAAGGCCGAGGAGACACUGGCCAUGGCCAGGCUGGAGCUGCGCGAGCAGACACAGGAGGAGGAGGAGGAGGUGCCCGGGCUGAGGUGCCAGGUCACUGAGCUGCAUGACGUGCUGAUGAAGGAUGUUGGCGACCGCAUCCGGGCAGACGGCCGGUGGCCUCUUGUCAUCGACCCUUCGGGCCAGGCAGCCACCUUCCUGCGUUAUCAGGACACCAACUAUGUGGACACGGUGAACCCAGAGCACCUGAGGCCUGAGAGGGUGCGGCUGGCUCUGCUGGGAGCACUCAGGUACGGGAAGCCACUGGUGUUCGACCUGCAUGAGGUGGACCUGUUCCCCGCCGUGCAGCAGCAGCUGGAGGCCGUGCAGCCUGGCCUGGCGCAGGAGUUGCUGAGCCGCGCACUGCUACAGGAGGAGAGAUAUCUGUCACUGCUGCGGCCAGCUGAUGGCCCGGAGUAUGGCCCCACGCAGUUCCAGGAGGCGCGCCUGGAACACUUCCGUCUCUUCUUCGUCACCAGGGUUCGGUGGCCACCGGCUGAGCAGCUGCAACUGCUGCUCCCUGUGCGCGUGCAGCUGCCCAGCACAGGAAUCUAGCGCCUGGACCCAAUAAAGUGCAUGCCUGGCAAUGCGUCCCGA